GAGUUUAGCCGGCGGGAGCCCGGAGUCCGCUCGGCGCGAGCGCGGGGACGCGGGAGCCGCGCGGGACCCGAGCAGUUUUUCCGAGCAGCCACCAGGCUCAGCCCCAUUCCUGGUCCCGCCGCGCAGCCCAGAGACCUGCUAUGGCCACGUCUAUACUCGGGGAAGAGCCUCGCUUCGGAACGACCCCGUUGGCCAUGCUGGCGGCGACCUGCAACAAGAUUGGCAACACCAGCCCGCUGACCACGCUGCCGGAGUCGAGCGCCUUCGCCAAAGGCGGCUUUCACCCCUGGAAGCGCUCUUCGUCCAGCUGCAACCUCGGCUCCAGCCUCUCGGGCUUCGCCGUGGCCACUGGUGGCCGUGGCUCGGGAGGCCUGGCGGGAGGCUCUGGCGCCGCCAAUAGCGCCUUCUGCCUGGCCUCCACCUCUCCCACGUCGUCCGCCUUCAGCAGCGACUACGGCGGCCUCUUCUCCAACUCGGCGGCUGCCGCGGCGGCGGCGGCCGGGGUGUCCCCGCAGGAGGCGGGCGGCCAGUCGGCCUUCAUCUCCAAGGUGCACACGACGGCGGCCGACGGCCUAUACCCGCGCGUGGGCAUGGCGCACCCGUACGAGUCGUGGUACAAGUCGGGCUUCCACUCGACGCUGGCGGCGGGAGAGGUGACCAACGGCGCGGCGUCGUCGUGGUGGGACGUGCACAGCAGCCCGGGCUCGUGGCUGGAAGUGCAGAACCCCGCUGGGGGGCUCCAGAGCUCGCUGCACUCGGGCGCCCCCCAGGCCUCGCUGCACUCGCAGCUGGGCACCUACAACCCCGACUUCAGCUCGCUCACGCACUCGGCCUUCAGCUCCACGGGCCUCGGCUCCUCGGCCGCCGCCGCCUCGCACCUACUCUCCACCAGCCAGCACCUGCUGGCCCAGGACGGCUUCAAGCCGGUGCUGCCCUCCUAUUCGGACUCAAGCGCCGCUGUGGCAGCCGCUGCCGCUAGCGCCAUGAUCUCGGGCGCCGCGGCCGCGGCCGCCGGGGGGAGCUCGGCGCGCUCUGCCCGCCGCUACUCCGGCCGCGCCACCUGCGACUGCCCCAACUGCCAGGAGGCGGAGCGGCUGGGCCCGGCCGGAGCGAGCCUGCGGCGCAAGGGCCUGCACAGCUGCCACAUCCCGGGCUGCGGCAAGGUGUAUGGCAAGACGUCGCACCUGAAGGCGCACCUGCGCUGGCACACGGGCGAGCGGCCCUUCGUGUGCAACUGGCUCUUCUGCGGCAAGCGCUUCACGCGCUCGGACGAGCUGCAGCGGCACCUGCGGACUCACACCGGCGAGAAGCGCUUCGCCUGUCCUGUGUGCAACAAGCGCUUCAUGCGCAGCGACCACCUGAGCAAACACAUUAAGACGCACAACGGGGGCGGCGGGGGCAAAAAGGGCAGCGACAGUGACACGGACGCCAGCAACUUGGAGACACCCCGUUCCGAGUCCCCUGACCUCAUCCUGCACGACUCCGGCGUCAGUGCCGCCCGGGCGGCGGCAGCGGCGGCGGCUGCAGCGGCAGCGGCGGCGGCGGCUGCAGCGGCGGCCUCGGCGGGAGGCAAGGAAGCAGCGUCUGGCCCCAACGAUUCUUAGAGGCCGGGCGAGAGGCGCGAGUGAGCGAGCGAAUAGAGACACCAAGAACGAACGAGAGAGGUUCGGAGGGCGAGUGAGGGGGGGACCGGAGGGCAGGGGCUCCAGUGACGACCCCGGGCCGGGACUGGGCGCGAGGCAAGUCGGGCUGCGGCUCGCCGGCCGCGCCAGGAGCUCCCCUCCGCCGUCCGCGCCCAGACGAGAAUGGAACUUGUGGUCCAGAAACAAAAGCAAACCAUCCUCCGACACAAAUACUUUUUAAAACUGCACACACACACACACACAUGCACACAUGCACACACGGAGACCUACAAGCACGCACACUCACGCGCACACACAUACAUAUCACUCGCACAAACUUCUCGAGCAAAGAGCAAUACACAGAAAGGCUCCCUCCUUCCCCACUGCCCACCUCCCUCCACUGCCCUUGUGUUUCCUUUUCUCAAAAAGCAAGCCACCACCCAGCACAGAACUGUCAGAACAUUUGAAAACAAAUGGGACCUAUAAAAUCACCCUUUGUGUGGAUUAUAUAUAAAAUGCUCCAAGUCCUGCUUGAUAUCUACUUACAGUGAGACUUUUUUCCUUAAAAAAAAAAAAGGAAGCAUCACAAGGCUUAAGGUGAGAAUUAAACUGGAAGUCUAGCGACAGUUUCUCUGUAUUUCAUAACAUCUGUAUAAAUAGGGUUCAAAAGAUUGUGUUCUCUUUUAUUUUCGUGUAAAUGUUCAUUCAAAUAGAGUUUUUUUGGUGAAUUCCUGAAAUUCAGGGAGUUUUUUUAAUUUUCUGAUGCACUUUGUGAAAGUCAGUAUAUAUGUAAAAGAUAUUUAAAAUGUUGAGUUAUCAUUUCACUCACAACCACGUAAGUUAAAGUCAUCUAAAGAAAUUAAAUGCGUUUAUCUGUAUGAAGAAAAUCUUGACAUCAUAUUUUCAUUUUGGUAUUAUUAAAGGACUCUGAACAAUA